AUGAAUGAAAAUGAAUCAAAAUUGGUUAGUAAACUCAACCUCUUUCUAAAGGUUGUCACAGACGAAGAAGCAUAUAAUAGUAUCAAAAGUAUUGUUAAAAAGGCCAAAAUUGAUUCGGUAAUUGCAAAAAUACAGAAUUUUCUGGCGAUAUCAGAAGAAAGUAAAUCAAUCGAUGAAAAAGAAGCCGCAAAAAUAAAAUCUGCAAUUGCAGGACUCCGAGAUUAUCUUUCAACAUCAAAUUUAGCAAACAAUUUUGCAGCAAAUAUCAAUAAUUUAGAGAAAAUAAUUGACUCAUUAAGAACGAAAUAUAAAAUUGGCCCUACAUAUCUCAGUGAUAUUGUAUUGAGCUACAAUAGACUAUCAGAUUUAGCUGCAGAUUUGCAAGAAAACCCGGAAAGUAAAGAUUUCUCAAAUCAAGCUAGUACUUGCUUAUAUUAUUUGAUGGAGAAAAUCGAUAAUAUGUGGAAAGAAACAAAUCAAAAGACGAAUUUAUGGAAUAAAACAAAUUCCAACUUAAGAAAGACAACUGAGAAGGUAAUAGCUGAACUAUGUACAAUGAAUGGAGUCAUUAAUUUCAUUGAUGACUUCUUAUUACAAUAUGACACUUCAGAAAACGCAAAAUUCAAUUAUUCUUCUUUCUUCCAGCCAAAGAGCUUCAAUUAUAUUAAAGAUCUUAUAGAAAUACCCUAUGAUAUGGCCUCCGAUUUCGAAAAAGAUAUGAUGAAUCGAAGGAAAAAAGAAUUAGCAGCUUCUUACCAAACUAUAUCAUUAACAUUCCAACCAAUGAAGCAACUUGAAAUUGAGCAUGCUGAAAACAAACGAUUGACAGCACUUUAUAGAGCUUCUUUAAUGUCAAAAGAAGAUUUAGAAAAUUUGAAGAAAGAAAAUGAGAAUCUUAAGCAGAUUAUCAAAGAAUUGGAGCAAUCCAUCGAAAAUCAAAAGAAUUCGGCUCCUCCAACACCAAAGAAACCUCAAAGAAAGAAAAAAUCUAAAUAG